AUGGCUGUACUGCCAUUGCUCCUCGUGCUCGUGCAAAGCCUGAUCCAGUACCCCCAGCCAGCUGGGGAUGGGCUGGAUGAGGCCACACACCGGCGAAUGAAGGAGCGUCAGGAGCUGCUGGGCCACGAGAUGGCUCGGCUGCUGCAGGAGCUAGAGCAGCAGGACGAGGGCUGGGGAGCCGUGCUCCUUGGUGCCCUGCAGCAGUGGCCAUUUUGGGUCCUUGCUGGAGUAGUGCUCAUUUUGGGCCUGUGGUUUAGCCGCAGGAAAAGGAGCGGUGAGGCCAGCAACAAUGAUGUAAAUGAAGGUGAAGAAAUAGUACAUAGACAGAAAGCAUACACGGAUGUCAGUGUUGAAGAACAGGGUGACAUGAAUGUGGCGGCAAACACAAAGGAGGAUAGAAAAGAAGCCAAACAAAUUAACAUGGCUGCCUGUGAAAAAGAAGACCGUGAUGGUGGCAAGGGAGAAAGCGGCAAUGUGGAAGACAGAGAAAAGACCAGAGACAUUGGGUAUCAGCAAGGCAUCCUUUUAAUGCACCACCGAGAGUGGCCUGUGGAGGCCCUGGUGAGAGCUUGCUCAGUAAUAGCUGAGCUGAUGGAGAACUUGACGCGUGUCUUUGUGGACAGCAUGAGCAAUAGCUUCUACCGAGUGCCUCAAGAAGCCAUCGGGGUGGGCAGUGCCUUUGAGGGUUGGAGUCCCCGUGACUGGGAUGGGGUGUACCGUGUGCUGGUCCCACUGAAUCCGCCACCAGGGCACGCCUUCCACCUGGAGCCGAACAGUGCAGGGCAGGUGGCAGACAGGACCUUCAGUGUCCGUGUGGAGCUGGUGUGCACGUGCGAGAAGGAGCAGGUGGAAGAGAAGCCGUUGUGCUUCCUGCACCACUCGCGGAAGGAGCUGCGGCGGGAGCAGAAGCGCAGCCUCCUAGAGACGCUCUGCACCAGCUUCUACCUGGACGUGGAAAAAACCUCCCACUGGUUCUGCCACUUGGUGAGAAGCUCGUGGCUGCAAGUGCCUCAGUGGCACUCAUGGUACGUGAUGUUUCAGCCCUGCCGCCGGUCCUGCCGAUUACAGCUGAGCAAAGGCAGGGAGAGCCUGACGGUGGAGAUGCUCUUUGGGGUGUGCUGAGGGGACUCUGACAUCUUUGUGGUCAGCCAGACCACAGAGCCCCAGAAUGCUUACUCCAGCAUCUUUGUGAGCAGCCGGACCACCAAGGCCAACAUGAUUGCAAACACGGCGUGGGUAGAGACAUACAUUGUAGCAGAGGAGAAAUUCUUCCGGCACAUUGCCAGGCAGCUGCCAUGUGAGAGCUUGCAGCUGAAAUGCCUGCAGCUCUUCACCUGCAUCCUGAGGGGCACAGGUUUUUCCAGCUCUACCUGGAAGACUGUGGUCAUGCACGUGCUGACCACAGUACCGCUGUCCCGGUGGCACAGGAGAGCAUUUGCACGGCGGCUGUGGGACAUCAUGGCCUACCUGGACCGCUGCCUGCAGCUGACACACCUGAGGCACUUUGUGCUGGGCAAUGACAGGAUUCCUGCCGAGAUCAGCUUGCCACCAGCAAUGCGAGGGGUUGUGCCACCCAACCUCUUUGAGCACCUGGCCCGAGAUCCGGCCGCCCACAGAGAGGCAAGGCAAGCUUAUGGUCGGCUGCGAUUUCGCCUCGGGGUGCUGCUCUCCAGCCACUGA